GAUAGAGUGUGAUCGAGACAGCGCCAGUUCAGCGCUCACCUGCACAUGACCCGCUUGCAAACAUGAUGUCCAUGAACAGCAAGCAGCCUUUCGGCAUGCACCCCAUGCUACAUGAGCCCAAAUACGCCACCCUGCACUCGAGCUCCGAGGCCAUCCGGAGAGCCUGCCUGCCCAACCCCGCGUUGCAAAGCAAUAUUUUCGCCGGGCUUGAUGAAACUUUGCUGUCCCGAGCCGAAGCCCUGGCAGCCGUGGAUAUAGUGUCGCAGAAAAACCACCCCUUCAAGCCAGAUGUCACCUACCAUACAAUGAGCAGCGUGUCCUGCACUCCGACCUCCGCUUCUGUACAUCUACCCCAUCCGUCGGUCCUGACUACCCACCCCCACCACCAUCACCACCACCACCACCACCAGGCGGCCCAGGGCCUGGAAAGCGAUCUCCUGGACCACCUGAACUCCGGCCUGUCCCUGAGCGGGCUGACAGGACCUGAUGUGGGAUCCACGCCGUCACAUCCACACGCACACAUGCCUGGCAUGAACCACAUGUCACAUCACCCACAUCACCAUCAUCAUCAGCAUAUUAACAUUUCCCAUUCACACGCUCUGUCGGCCCACAUCGGUCUGGGAGGUAACGAGGGCGAAGCAGAUCCAAGGGAACUCGAGUCCUUCGCAGAGAGAUUCAAGCAGAGGAGGAUCAAACUUGGAGUGACACAAGCUGACGUUGGGUCAGCCUUGGCCAACUUGAAGAUCCCAGGUGUGGGUUGUUUAAGUCAAAGCACUAUCUGUAGGUUUGAAUCCUUGACUCUGUCGCAUAAUAACAUGAUUGCGCUCAAGCCCAUUCUGGAGGCCUGGUUAGAUGAAGCCGAGAGGGCUCAAAGGGAGAAAAUGACCAAACCCGAGCUCUUUAACGGAGGGGACAGGAAGCGUAAACGCACUUCUAUCGCUGCGCCGGAAAAACGGUCCCUAGAAGCUUAUUUCGCCGUCCAACCUCGUCCUUCGUCCGAGAAGAUCGCAGCAAUCGCAGAGAAAUUGGACCUGAAAAAGAAUGUGGUCAGAGUGUGGUUUUGCAAUCAAAGACAGAAACAAAAAAGAAUGAAAUUUUCCGCCACACAUUAAGACAAUCUACACACUGCUCUAUCCAACUGAGCCGAUAUGGACCAGGAUUUAAUAACAUUUCAUUCCUUGGAUAAACUUUGCCCAACAAAUUGAAGCGAUGGCAGGGACAUCAAGCCGGAAGUAUAUCUCCGAAGAAUGAGUUUGAAUUAUGUAUAUUUUGUACGGGUUUGAGAGAAGCAAGCUUUAUGUCUUGGUUUAGAUGAGACUUCGUGGAUUUAUCAGGCAAUCAUAUUGUAACAAAAUAAUCUCAACGAGACUUGAAUAAUGUUUAAUCACAUUCUUGUGAAAAAUAUCCAGUUUGCUUUUCUAUUGUAAAAGGCUGUACAAAGUCUAUGAAUGAAUUGUGCGUUUAACCUUUAUUCACGAACUGGUGUAGUUCAUUGAUCCGGAGAUGUACAACUGCCGCUGAACUGGGCACGGUACCGGGGCUAGGUUAUGAAAUAUACCGCUGUCGAUAUCAUUCAGUAACAAAACAGCAGAAAGAACUAGAUCUGUGAGAACAGGUCAUAUUAAUUCUAUUGUACCUCCUGUAUGGUCCACAAGUCUGUCCCUGCAUGAUUUGUACAUCAUUUCAGUUUAGUGAAUGUCGCUAUCAUCAUAUUAAUAACAAAAAUAAAAAAUAAUAAUAAAUAAGUUUUAAAUGUUUUGCAAUAACUGUUUACGGAUGGUUUUCUACCUCAUCCACCCUGGGGGUUUUCACGGCGUUCUCUCUCUCCUCUCCGAACUCUAUUUAUCUCAAUCAUAAGUGUAUUUAUUUUCAAUGUAAAGGGGGGGGGGGGGGAUCCACAAUGCAUUGACAAUCAAACGUGCAGUGGUCAAUAGAAUCGCUUGAAACGAUUGGGAAUUGUUACAUGUAGAAAGUUAUAAACGAGAAGCCAGGUGCAGUGAGUAUGAGUGCAGUCACUGACUGCCAGAGCUUUUCAUUGCCUUUUGCUGCUUAUGUUUCAUUUGAUGUGAAAAUCCAGUCUCUAAUCUUAGUUAGUCGGUGGAAUGCGCGUGUGAAAGCGAGUGAGACCAGAGCCUCUCGCUGUCCAGGUUUUUCCCUCGUCGCGUGUCUAGGCGGCGGAGUGUGCACUUUGCGUGCAAGCUGGUGGACUCGUCUAUUUGUACCCAAGUCUCACUGUUCACACUUUCCCCAGGUUUGGCCCCGAUCUCAAAUGUUAUUUAUUUUACUUUAUUGAUUGUAUGUGUGAUUUUUAACCAGAUGUGACUGCGAAGUUUUCAAUAAAACCACGCACGCUGCAAAACGAAAGCAUGGCGUUCUGAAUUGUAUGUUGUGUAAAGUAUAUCUGCAGCAUGAACUCUUUACAAACGUGUUCGUUAUUAGAAUACAAACUGCAAUCAACUUAAACAGCAUGUUGUAUUAAACACUGUUAUCCUAC